AUGAAUUUCGUUACAGCAAAUAUUAGUGGGGCAGGUGACUCCAGCAAGGCGGAGCACAUAAGGAAUCUGAAAAGGAAUAACAAGCUCGGUUUUAUCGCUAUUCAAGAAACGCAGAUGUCAAACUCUUCGAACAUUCUGGUUAGUAAUUUUUGGGAUAAUACUCCUUUUGAUUUUGAUUCAAUUGAAGCCACAGGCAGAUCGGGUGGUCUCCUUAGUAUUUGGGACCCUGGACUCUUCACAAAAAAGACAACAAAUAAAAAAAAACAACUCUGGGCAGAUUUAAUUGUUUUGAUGAGAUCCUUCUCUGGCUCGUGGAUCUUCUUAGACGACUUCAACUGUGUCAGGGAACCCACGGAAAGAAAGAACUCUAGAUUUAAUAAACAAGAGGCCGAAGACUUCAAUUUCUUCAUUAGCGAAGCAGGUUUGGUGGAGUACUCUAUGUUGGGAUGUGCCUUUACGUGUGUGACAGAUGAUGGUAUGAAGUUUAGCAAAAUUGAUCGGGUACUGGUCUGUUAUUCUUUUCUAUCUUUGUGGCCAUCGGCUAAACUUUUGGGAUUAUCGAGAUUCAAAUCUGAUCACAGACCAUUACUCUUGCUAUGCUCUGAUGUGUUUUUUGGUAUACCACCAUUUCGUUUCUUUAACUCUUGGCUAAAAGAGGAUGGGUUAGCGGAUAUUGUCAAAAAGGUGUACGAUGGAGUCAUUGGCUUCUAUCCACCAGAUAAAUUAUUAGCAGCAAAAUUAAAAGCAGUCAAAGUUGCAGUAAAACCUUGGUGUGAGAAGAUAAGAAACAGAGAUUGA